AAGCAACAAAUAAACCUUUAAUUCAAAAUGUCGAGUGUAUUGAAUACUUUGAUUUUAGUCACGUUGUGUGGCAGUUUAUGCUGGGCAGCCGAAGCAGGGAUUGAGUUACCACAUUUGGAUUUUAAACCGAUCAAACAAUUGCCUGCCGAUAUACCCACAUGCCAGGAGAAUGAUCUCAAUAUCAACGAGUGCAUUAAACAGGCCUUCCAACAGAUAACGCCACGCAUGAAAUAUGGCAUUAGUGAACUAAACAUACCAGCACUCGAUCCCUAUGAGUUGGGCAAAAGUUCAUACAACUACAAUUCCGGCUUGCUGCAGGGACGCAUCUCCAUGAAAGAUGUUGUGGUUCAUGGCUUGAGCGAGGGCAUUAUGGAUAAAGUGGAUUUCCGUUUAAAGAACAAUCGUGUGCGGAUGGAGUUGAAUUCUCAUAUUCCCAAAAUGUUUGUCGAGGGCUUGUACAAGGCGGACAUUAAGCUAAACGAUCUGAAACUGACGCCGAAGGGCAGAUUCAAUGUGACUCUGACCGAUGUCUCCAUGAGGGCGCGACCCAUGGGCGAACUGUAUGAGCGUGAUGGUCAUACUUAUUUGCGUCUUACCAAAUUCGAGACUGAACCCAAAGUCGGUGACCUGCGUUUCUAUGCCAAUGGCCUGGUGCCCGAUCCAGCUUUAAACGAUGUCAUCUUGGACUUCAUUAAUCAAUAUUGGCGACAACUCUAUGAGGCAAUGUUGCCCGAAACAUUGGCCACCUGGCAACCCUUGAUCCUGAAGACAGCCAAUGAUUUCUUUGCAGCUUUACCAUUUGACAUGAUUGUAACCAAGUCAUAGAACUUCUAUGCUCUCUAACUAAACAAUUGUUGUAGGAUUUGUAAUUAAAAAUGGUUGCUUUAACUUUAUCCUGGUGUUAACAUAGUUUGUACGAAACGAAAUAAAAUAUUUAAAUUAGUAAAAAAA